AUAUGAGGCUCAACAUGUGCUGGUUUAUAGCCCCUCGGGCUAAAUGAAUUUUAAAGGAACCCUCCAGAGGCAUGACCCCCGUGUCCUCAGAGGCAAGCACAGCCAGGCUCCCCUCCUUGCUUAGGGGGGGCCCCCUGGAGGCCCCUUGAUCCCUCACUCUGGGACCAAUAGAGACGCUGCACCUGUAUCCAGUGCGCCUGUCCCGUUCGGAAGAAAGUUGGCGGCGCAAUGGUUACGCUGCGUGCGUCUCAAGGGCAAAGGAAGCGAGGAAAGCGAUCACAUUAACAAAUGUAGAGUGCUGCACCUUUCCGCGGCUCUUUCUGGCUCUGUCUGUGUCUCUGUGUGUGCGGACUGCCCUGCUGCUGCUGCUGCGCUGCCUCAGCCGCAGAUGCACUUCCAUGUCAGAGGAGGUUCGGGAUUAUAGGGGUUAUUUAUAAGGAGGUAAUUUUAAAGAAAGAGAUGCGCCUGGAGAGGAGACGUCACAUUUUAAUUUGGAGCGACAGUGUAGUGAAAGCGUGACCGAGUCAGAGGAGAGGAAUAUGCAGCGCUGUUCCUCAGCACGGCGGAUCUUCACCGGAUAAAACGUCCUAUUCCUGGAUGAUGCAGUUUUUUGUGUGUGUGUUCCUUAUAGACACGCCAGGAUUUUCUGAUCGCUCCACGUUUCAGCGGGAAUCUGUAUAAUCCUUCCGUCACGCCACGCCGGCUGGAACCCCCCACAUCAUCACUGGCUUCAAGGGAUCAGAGCCAAACGGGACUGAUUAAAGAAACGGGCUUAAUUUAAAGUUCAUUCAUUUUUCAAGACAAAGGCCCGAAUCUGCUGCUGUGCUCCCAAGGUUAUACAUUAAAAACACACAGAGAGAGGCACACUCCGUCUGUGCUGAACUUACUUUAGUCUGGAAACUGAUCCUGGGUAUGUUUCUGCUCUAAUUCAAGCCCAAAUGCAAGAAAGCAAAGUUGAUAUUCCAGCAUUGAUGAUGCCACCCUGGGAGCGCUUUCAAGGAAGGGAGACUGGAGAAUGAAAGCGGGACAUCUGCGUCUGUAACCGGCGAAGAAAGCCAACACAAGCCACCUACUCUUAUCUUUUUCUUUCUUCUUCUUUAUUUUGGAUUGGACCAAAAAUACUUUUUAAGGCGCGCCUUUUGACUCCUGCACGAUGGGGAUUAUGCUUCAAGUUAUUUUAGGAAUGUUUCAGUUCCUGCUGCUCACCAGAAUACCGACCUUCCAUGCCAAGCUCGCUCACUGGCGGCCGGCAGACUCCCCCAGAUCCAGGGAAGGUCGGGAAGUGCGACGGUGGUUGGAGGUGUAUUCCCGCAGCGGCUGCGAGCCUCGCGACACUCUGGUGGAGGUUUGGCGGGAGUUGCCGGGGGAGAUCCAUCACCUCUUCGUCCCGUCCUGUGUGUCUGUGAAGCGAUGUGGUGGCUGCUGCGCCGAUGAGGCCUUGGAGUGUGUGCCUUCGCUAACACACACUCUCACCAUGGAGCUGAUGAGAACGUCCUUCAUGAAACACGAGCUCAUCGAGCUGCCCUUUGUAGAGCACAGCCAGUGCGAGUGCAGGUUAAAGGAACAGUUCCAGCCAACACCCACUACCAGGCUCCAUUUGAAGCCAGCAGGAAAAGAGAGGAAAAAAGAGGGGAGGAAGUCCAGGCAGAGGAAAACCGGAUCCAUCAGAUCUGUAACCCAUCCUCCUCUGAUUCCUCCCUCCACCUCUCCUCCUCCACCUCCUCCUCCCACCACUCUACCUCCUCCUUCCUCUUCACUGAAGCCUCGGUGCCGCAUGUACAGUUCUCAGAUGAAGGAGCUCUCCAUGAGAACCCAUGCUCCUGUGAUUCUUCCUUUCAUGCCCCCACCUCCUCCAUCUCUUCGUCCCACCACCCUAAGCCCCUCUCUGCCUCCGUCCCCGACACCUCGGUGCCGUCCCUGCAGAGGAAGGAAGUGGGCCCUGGAUGAAACGUUGUGUCAGUGUAGAUGCACCCUCAAAGCCAAGAACUGCAGUCGAAAAGGCCAGACUCUCAACUCUCGCCGUUGCAAGUGUGAAGCGACAAGGACUUGAUCCGUCCAGCCACUUGCUUCAUAUCCCACCAAAUAUCUUUAGCUCCAUCACCUGCUCUGAGCAUCUGUGCAAUGGACAGUGCAGAUGGUCGGGCGUCCAGUAUCAACCAGAAGGAUGUAUUAGUAGAAGCACACUCUAGAACCUGUACUUGUGUAUCAUUACACCCUAAAUGUGCUGUAGAUCUGUAUGUGUGCAAGCAUAUUUUCCACCUCAUCUCUUCUGUGGCAGAGCUUUGUGUAUGCGUGGGUGUGUGUGUGUGUGUGUGCGUGUGUGUGCACAUUUUGUGUCACUUGAGUGAAGGAUGAAGGCACUGGGACUCUCUUUGCUAAGUUGUUUUUUCGUUGGAGACUGGAUUACAACUUAACUACACAAGAGACCAGACUGGUUGGGCCAAAGUGUCCUUCAUGUUGAUGUUUCGGUGGAAGGAAAACUGCACACAGGUUUAAAUCAAGAGGAUUUGAGAAGCAGCAGCAGCGUGUUAUCGGUGGACAUAUGUACUUUCAGACGCACCAGAAGGAUACGGGGCAUGUUCAUGAGCUGGCACCCCGGUGUCUCUGGGCCUAAUAGAGAGGAUGAAUGUUGGGACGGGUGGUAUCUGUGUGGUCUGCUCACUGAAAGACACAGAUGGGUUAUCCCUGCAACCGUUCACUCUCACUCAAAGCGUAUGACCACGGGCUGGCUCUCCAAGCCUCUUUCCGGCAUUUGUUUAAUUUUGAGCCCUUUGUGUUCGUCUCUCUUCAGCUCCUCAAUUGAAAGGAGCCGCUUUGCCUCUCUUUGCCUCUCUUUUCGGCAGUGAGGAGAAUGACAAUAAUGAGGCCUGGCGGCUCUCCACCGCUUCACUCACACAAACAUUCACACUUACAAUACCAGGAACACAGACGUCAAGCUAAAUGCAGACAUUGACGCUGCUGCGAUACAUAUGCAUCCGUAUCCACACACAUACAUGCAGUGUGAAAUGAAUGCUAUUAGCCAUAAGCCAUUUGUGCAAAUAUAUGUCAGUUGUUUCUCUGCAAUUUUACUGCACAGUAAACAUAUAUAGAGUAUUUUAUAUCAUGCCACUCUUUUAUAUUUUAUUAUGAUUGUCCCAGGUUGAUUGCAGAGGUAAUGGAGAGUAUAUAUUGCGGGAAGUGUCUUUGUUUUGCUUGUGUUCAUCUUUAAUCCGCCUGCACAACGACUCACGCUGGGUGGCCUGCUGAUUCGAUGCCCAAAUGUAUUGAAUUUAAACAGAGAGGGCUCACACGAGUCACAAAUGGGAGACUCUAUAGAUUUACAAAGUGUAAUUCAAACAAUCAGUGGGGUGGUGUUGUGUGCAGCACACAGAAACCAAGCAAAUAGCCGUCCCCGGUGCAGUGAAAGGAAAACAUAGCUAUUGUUGUUGCAUGUUAGAGCCCGGAUGCAGGGAGUGUUUCACACCCAGAGCAUAACUUGUUUAUAUUCAGGCUGAAUCUCACGGUUUUACUCAGUGUUACUUUAUGACCGCUCGGCCGCAGAGUCGGGAAACAAAGAUCUACUUUCCAAGCAGCUUGUCAGUCAGUCGGUGUGUGGAGCUGAAGAAGUGGCAGGUCAGAGAGUUUAAAGUCCGUUUUUUCCCCUUCAACUCCCAUUCAGAGUUUGUCUGCUGUGCCAAAUUUGACUGAGAAGAUUUUAGCCGUGACGUAUUAGGGCUUGGGGUUAGAAAACUGCUCAACAAUAGCUUGGAAACGCCGCAAUUCACGGCUCAGUGUUCAUACAGUCCCGCUGAUUGAAGAAUGGUCCCCCAGAAACAAGCUACCAUCCACAGUGGGAAUUAUUUAUGUGUCGGCACUGAAGCAGCAGAACUUUGUUUCGGUGGCUGCUGUGAUAAGCUUUGUAUUUAUACUCUCCUCAGAUGAGAUUAUGUUUUGUUUUUUUAUUUCCAUGCUCAUUGUUCAGUGUUUAUUGCUGUCAAUCAAUGCUUCAAUCACUACCUCUUUAUUAAAUAUAUAAUGUAUAUAUGCCAUAGCAAUGACAGAGUAGUAGAGCAUUAUUGUUGCUUCCUCUGCGUUGAAUGACUUAAUGAUGCAUUUGGCAAUAAGGAGAGUCUCUGGUAUAGAGACGGAUUAUUACUGUUUUAAAAGAAGAGACUGAACUGGUUCUCUGAGUACAGAGGGGAAGGUUUCCCAGCGCUUCGUUUAACCUCAAUAUUUUCACUGUCCAAUUUUGGCUUUACAGGUGCAUCCCAGUGAAUUAGAAUGUAUUUUAAAAGGUGAUUUAUUUCAGUAAUUCAACUCAAAAAUGGAAAAAUAUGUAUUAUAUAGAUUUAUUACACACAGAGUGAUAUAAUUCAAAUAUUUUUUCCUGUUAAUAUUGAUCAUUGUGGGUGAUUAUGGCUUAAUGUAUUGAAAAAGGAUAUUUAAUAGAGAACUCCAUUACUAGUUCUUUAUAAACCCACAAAAUGUCAUUGCUGAAGAAGAUAACUGCGCAGAGUACAGUAUCCAAACACACUUUUUCCUUUCACUAAGCUUUCCAUCAUGGAAUACAGCUCUGUUAAUUGGCAGCUUAUCUUACAAUUAUCUUUUGCGACUUACCCUUCUUCUGGAGGGUGUCGGUGUUAUUCAUAUUCGAAUAAAAUACACUAUCCCUAUCGCUUGUGCACUUUUAUCUACCAAACUUUGACCUUCCGCUCAACUUUCCAUUAUUUUGACAUAUUUUCCGGGUCAGACUCUGUCGGAAUGGGCCUGUUCUUUCAUUUCGGAGGCAUCCUUGUAACUUUCCAGGUAUUGCUUGAGUGUCACUUGACAGAAAGAGCAGAGUCUGAAAAGUUUCAUAUACAAACACAAGCUUGAUUAUAUAUAUGUAUAGAAGGAAAACCUACUGCAUUCACUUCAAACAUACCCUUCAUUUGUUACACGAAACACUUAUAAGGUCAAAUUGUGUAAUGAUGAUUUAUUUAUGAUGCUAUUUGUACACUCACUCCAAUCACGUUUCUUCCUUUCACUAAACUUUCCAUUGAUGUGUUUGGACGUAGCUCUGUUAAUCAGCAACAUAUUUUGCAAUUGCCUUUUGAAAAGUAUCGUUUUUGUGGAGUAGGUCAGUGUAUGCCUCUCAAGUCAGCAAUUCAUAGCAUAAUAUCCCAUAAAGACUUUUUUUUUGCCAUAUGUGAUAUUUUAAUAUUCUCUGGGGAAAAAAAUGGGUUUUUAUUAGCAGUAAGCCGUAACCAUCAAAAUUAACAAGAACAAAAAACUUGAAAUCACUCCUGUGAAUUCAUGUAAUAUCUGAGUUUUGCUCUUUUUUUUAUUGAACUACAGAAAUAAAUGAAGUACUUGAUUUUCUUAUUCACUGAGAUGCAUCUUUAUUUAGGAUCACUUUGGGGAAAGUUACAUCGGAUGGUUGAUACAAGUCUUUUUUUCUCUUAAAAUAAAACUGAUAAACACGAGGGAAUAACUACUAUCAGAGACUCUUCACGUUUUAGGUACAGAAAUAAUUACAUACACAUAAAAUGAGCUUUAAACCCUCGAGUUCGUUAGUUUUAAAUUUUCACCUGAAAAGUCCCUAAAUAAUUGUGGAUAUGACCUACUGAGCCUUAGGCCAUAGUGAUUAACCUUGGGGUCUAUGGCGAAGAGACACUUGAAACAGUUCAGAAAAUCCUCCUUGUUCCCAUCACCAGGCCAGAGUGGGAUUUUUCUACUUCUGCUUCUUCAGCGUAAAUAACGACCUCAUAAUGAUGAGUCUGAGAAAGCUUAAAAGCUUAAAUCUCCUUCUAAGCUCUUUCUGCAAAAGAAACUCUGCAUACAUUUUCCUCCUAUUAGCUGCAGCCUCAUCAACCUGACUUUUUUUUCCUCAAUUUUAACAGAUGGUCCUGAUGCUCGGACCUCCGAGGUGGAAGAGGUUAAAGGUCUCAGUUAGGCAGAUUAGGUUACUUUUGGGUAGAGCCAGACUAGUUUAUCCCUGUUUCUUUAUCUUAAUGCUAAACCCAACCACCCAGUUUAUGAACCAAAACACAUAUACACAGAAUAUACAAGGAUUAUAGUAUCAAUCCUCAUGUUUAACUCUUGAGACGGGAGUUUUUUUGGGUGUGUGAUAUCACUUGCAGUCUUUCCUGUGUGGACAUUAAUAAUUUGCAUAAGCAUUUAACACUUUGUGUUUUAAGAUUAGGGAAUAUUUAAAUAAGCAAACAAAUGUUAGAGGGAAACCUGUGAGUAUUUGGACCGCAGUACAAAUUGCACUUGUGAUGGACAUUGCAGAGCACAUACUGUAAGAUCAAUUCAUGAUAAAACAAGAAAGAAAAUCUAUUUUGAGGACCAACAGAAACGAAAUCACACAUUCACUUGUGAUGUACAAAAGUAUUUACAACAUUUAGACUUUUUCAUAUUUGGCCACAAUAACCACACAAGCUUCAAUAUAUUUUAUUUGUAUAUAUAUUCUUUUUUAGAUUGACAGAUGCAAAACACUAACUAGCGCAUAAUUGCAAAGUGGAAGGGAAAGUAUACAACAGCAGUCUCAGCUGCUUGUCUCCUUUGGUCUGAAUUUGUUUAUUUUCAGAUUUUGCCACAGAGUCUCAAAUGGAUAUGUCUAGACUUUGACUGGGCCAUCCUAACACAAAUAUAUUUUUAUCUAACCCAUCCCAUUGUAUUUCUGGCUGUGCUUUCUGGGGAUUUUUUUUUUUUUUUUGCCAGGAGUUGUAAUGCUCUCCUUGCUGCCCCUGUGUGUUUAGAUAGACUGCCAUCUCUUAGUAGGUGAUGUGUAUCAUUUACCUUUCACUUUACAAUUAUGUAGGACUUUGUGUUGGACUGUCUCAUAAAAUCUCAAUACAACACAUUGUAGCUUGGAGCUGCAAUGUGUUGCUUCACAAAAUAUCAAAGAGUUCAGUGUGUAUUAAUACUUUUGCAUCAUAUUAUGCACAUUUUCAUCAAGCGUUCUGUCUUAAUGCAUAAAAUCUGAUCAGUUUGCCAGGAAAUUUUUAUUCUACUAUCAUCUGGAUUUAUCUGUCCUGCCUCUUCAUGCAGAUAUACAGUGUGGACAUGUUUGUAACUCUUAGAUGUCCUUCUCCUGUGUGAACAUCAGUGUGCUAUGUACUGUUGAGGUAACUCUCUCCAGCUUCCAGUGUCUGAAUAAACUCUAGUUACCCCCUACUGAACUCUGUAACAUCCUAUAACCUGUCAUAUCCGUGCUUUGUAUGACAUAGUGGAUACUUUAGACAUAUCUGUAACUUCAUUUUAGCUGUCCAUUACAACAAAUCUCUACUCUGCAAAUACUUUGUACUGCUGUAGCCUAUGUAGAGACAAGAAAGCAACACUCUUUUUUUGCUGCUACACCAUUUGUGCCCUUUUAUGAUGUCUUUGUAGAAAACAAUGCAGGUUUAUGUUGUAUCAACUUGUAAGUUAAUUGGGUCCUUGUCCUCAUUAAAAGUGUACUCUGCGUCCUUGAAUAUAUCCAGAAUUAUACCAGAAUACAACCAUGAUGUUACAGAUGUUAUUAAAGGAAAUGUCUUAUUUUUCA